AUGUCGGAUACAAUAAUAUUACCUGGAGACAAACUCCCUAUAGAUGAAGAUAUUUUUACUGUGAAAACCACCAUUGGACCUGGAAUUUACAAAAAGCCAAAGACUCAAGAAUUAAUUCCAUCAGCAGCAGGAACAUUACAUUAUGAACGAGCAAAAUCAUCAUCACAGCAACUAAUCUAUAUUGAAUCGAAUUCGAAGAGAUAUAUUCCUCAUACCAAUGAUUAUGUGAUUGGAAUAAUUACCGGAGCGAUAGGUGAGAGUUAUAAAGUAUCAUUACAAUCGAAUUCUACACCAGUGUUAUUAUCUUUUUGGGCUUUCCCUAAUGCUAGUAAGAAAAACCGUCCAAAUUUGAAAAAUGGCCAAGCGGUAUAUGCAAGAGUGAGUCAAGAUAUACCGGAAAUUGAAACUGAGCUAGAAUGUAUUGAUCCAACUAGUGGUAAAGAAGGAGGGUUUGGAGUGUUGGAUGAAUCAGGAUAUAUAUUUGAUGUUCAUUUGAAUUUUGCUCGUGAAUUACUAUUCAAUCCGAAAACUAUAUUUUUGGAAACGUUAGCAACAAGAUGUCAAUUUGAAAUUGCUAUAGGAAUCAAUGGUAAAAUUUGGAUUAAAUGUGGUAAUGGUGUGAAAAAAGAAGCCAAUGAUGGUAGUAAUAAUAAUCAAGACCAAGGUGAAGAUCAAGAGAUGAUUGAUGUGAGUGAAGAGAAUUUAAAAGAUUUGAAAAGUACAUUAGCAGCAGCUACAUUUUUAACUCGAUGUCAAUUUGUAACUCAAGACAAGUUAAAGCAAGAAUUGAAUAAUGCAUUCCAAGGGAUUUAA